AUGCGUGGCAUUGGUAGUGGAAAAGUCCUUGAAAGUGGUCCCGAUGACAAUGUCUUCGUUUUUUUCACUGAUCAUGGUGCUGUUGGACUUGUCGCUUUUCCAAAUGGUGUAAAUUUGGGAAAACAUCACAAUGUCAGUGAAUUUCAAGGUGAAGGAGCACAAUCAAUGAAGUCGAUUCGCAAUCCUUUCAUCGAUCGUUACAAUGACUUGCUCAAACGUGAUGCAGUUGCUACUGUCGAUGUUCGUGUGUCGACUGUUUCUCGUCGUUUGGCUAGCAGCGAGUCUGAGGUCGAAAAGGCAGCAUUGGAACAUGAACUUGUUAAAUUGCUCAAUAACGAAUUUGUUCUUAAUAAACUUUGGAUCAUGGCUAAUCUAUGUGAAAUCGGUCCAGGCAAUCUUAAAUGGAAUAAAAAUGGCAUAACAAUCAUGGACAAUGGUUAUGGUUCAGAUCCAGAUCAAUUACAAUAUGCUGAAGGUUUGUUUAUCUAGCUUAAAACACAAAUUUUAUAUGUUGCUGAUAUUUCGAAUAACCGUGUUCAAAAACGCUAUCCAAAUGGUAAAAUCCAAAUUGCCGCUGGUCAAGAAGUUGUCGAUGAAGGAUGUCCAAAUGAAAAUCACAUUUUUUGAAUUCCCUUCCUGUUCAGAAAUACCCGUUUUUUGACUGACUCUCUCUACCUCUGGAUACUCAAUUUACAAAAAUUUUUGAAAAGCUUAUUUCUUCCAAAAUUCUGUUCUUUUUCUAUCAGAUGACUGAUAGAACUUCUAUAUACAUGAUUUCUCCUUGCAAAAUGUGCCUCAGAAUUCAGAUACAUUGCUCUUUUGAAAAUACUGCUCAAAAAUCAAAUCUACUUGAGAAUUUUCGGGGAAAAUGCUAAAAAAAAGAAAUAAAGAGAUAUCCCUAGGAUGCAUGAAUUCGUAAUUCAAGAAAAUCAAGCAACGCAACUGAUGGACCUAAGAGAUUAGCGUCCAAGCUUUAAUUACGAUAGAAUUCAAGGAAAUUCUAGAAAAUCAAGCAACUCCAGAGACUGAAAGGAAUUCUAGAAAUUCAAGGAAUUCAAUACAACAUACAGAAGAAGACCUAUCAUCAUCCUAAACUAUGAUGGAAUUGUGAAAAUUCAAGGAAAUCCUAGACAAUCAAGCAAUUCAAGAGACUGAAAGCAAUUGUAGAAAUUCAAGGAAUUCAAGAAACAUACAGAACAAGACCAGUCAUCAUUUUAAACUAUGAUGGAAUUGUGGAAAUUCAAGGAAAUUCUACGAAAUCAAGCAAUUCAAGAGACUGAAAGGAAAUCUAGCAAUUCAAGGAAUUCAAGACACAUACACAACAAAACCAGUCAUCAUCCUAAACUAUGAUGGAAUUGUGGAGAUGCAAGGAAAUCAAGCAAUUCAACAAACUGAAAGAAAUUCUAGAAAUUCAAGGAAUUCAAGAAACAUAGAGAAGAAGACCAGUCAUAAUUCUAGACUAUGAUGGAGUUGUGAAAAUUCAAGGAAAUCAUGCCACUCAAGAAUCGUAGUGCAUCGGAGAUAGUUGUCGAAAUGCAAGGAACAGUAUUAAAUGUUCACUGGAAGGUCACUUAUAAGACUUAGAACUGAUUGAUUUGAAGGAUAUCAGAGGUCUCCAUCGAUGCGGGGUGGGUAGGGUGUGGGUCGCCUGUAGUUGUGGUUGUGGGACGGUGUGGGUUAUGAUGGAUAUGAGUGAUUAUUAUUGCCGAUUGAGAAGAAGACACAUGAACAUAUACCCACGCUCAUCCACAUAACCCAAAGAUAUAUGGAAAUGCUGAAUUCCUUGAAUUGCUUAAAUUGCUUGAAUUCUUUGAUUUCCUUGAUACUUCCAGGGAACAUAAUUCAAAUAUAUACGGACAUGCUGAGUUCCUUGAAUUUCCUUGAAUUCCUUAAAUUGCUUAAAUUGCUUGAAUUCUUUGAUUUCCUUGAAUUUCAUGAUACUUGAAGGGGACCUAAUUCACAGAAAUAUGGAUAUAUGGAAUUUGGGUGUGGGUGCGGGCGUGGCUGUGGGUGGGUGUGGGUGGGUGUGGGUGUGGGAUGUGGGUACGGAUUGGUAUCCCUGAUGAAAACAACACCCACACCCCACACCCACCCACCCAAAUCAGUAAAGAAACAAUUAAUUACUUCAUAUUAAUAUAGAAAAUAUUUUGAGUCUCUGAAAUUACUUAAGCAGUUUGAUCCAGAUAUUUCUAUAUACUCACAUAUCUUCUACUGUUCAUCCAAGAGAAGUUCCUUUAGUUGUUGAUAAAGGUUCAAUCAAAAUCUUAUCAUUAUUAUCGAUUGUAUCAUUUGAAGAAUCAUUACCAUAUGCAUAAUUCUACAGAUAUAGAUGAAUGUAUAUUGAAUCAAUAGAAAAUUCAAAAGCAUACUUAAUUUGUUUCAUUUCGUAAAUGUUUAAAAAACUGGUCAACAGCAAGAAUAAAUAUUUUAUUUGGUAAAUGGACACCGAUUUGAGGUCUACGUAAUGUUUGUAAAGAUUUAUAUGGUUUAUCAGAAAAAUUUUCAUUUGACUAUAGGAGAUAGUUCAAUAAUAAUUACAAAUGAUAACAAAAAACGGUCUACCUUCACUGUCGACGGAAGGAGAACAUUGUGAUGUUUGAAUGAAUUAGUAUGAGUGGCAGAAGUAUUCUUUUGUGAUUUCUGAUUGAUAUUCAUUUUGUUGAUCUGUUUUAAAGCGCCAAAUUCAAAUCACUAAAUUUAUAUUUUUAAUCGAUUACUUUUACUAGACUCUCGUGUACUACCAAUUGCUUAAUAGAGUUGAUUGAAAUAGA